CGGUCACUCGGUUGGUUUGGUUGUCGGAUAAAGUAUGAGAAAUUUUCUGUAGGGUCCACAAGUAUUACAAAGGUUAUAUUGUUGAUUGUUGUACCCAUAUUGUUACGGACGGACAUAAUGGACAUCAAAGAAGGGCUUCAUAACCCCUAUGUAAUGUGCCCUUAUAAUAGGGCACAUGAAGUCCCAAAGUUACGACUUCAACGACAUUUACUAAAAUGUCGAAAGUAUCCCCAUUUGUCAAUGAUGAAGACAUGCCCAUUUAAUGCUACUCACGUGGUCCCACAGAUGGAGCUAGAACUUCAUUUGAUGACUUGUGCAGAACGUAAUCUUAUUGAGGGACAGAAAUAUAGCUUGACUGCCACCCAGGGCGAGCUGGGCAACCCCUCUUACCACCCGGAUGUUCCGGUUGGAGACUGGAGCGAUGAAUCUGACGAGGAAGACCUCCAUGGUCCAGCUCUUCGUAAUAACCAUCGACGCAAUCACCAUCAAGUAGUCAGAUCUGUCCAAGAAGAGGACAUUGAUGAUGGAGGCGCUCUUAGUCAGUUAGAGGACAGUCAUGUAGAUCCAUCUCCGAUAGGAUUUGGAAGAGGUCGUAUACAUCGGCUGGUGGCAGAGAUGAACACCAGAAAACCUUGACUGACUACAAUACAAAUCUGAGCUGAAGCAAGAAUCGCUAUAUGUAUAAAAAGUAAUUGGUAUUUUGGGAACUUUUGUCUUAAUAUUUUUCUUGGAGCAGAUUUUUUUUUUUUUUCUCAAGCUGUGUGACAUGUACAGGAAUGGAUGAAUAAUCUUACUGACCGCAUUGUAAAGAAUGGGAAUUGGAGGUUUUGUUUGUUUUACUUCCUAGACAGUGUUGUGUAACUACUUGCUCAAUAAGUAUACAAUUUGUUAUAAACAUU